AUGAAAGUUCUGCAAGAGAAGGAGUUUGCUGAGAUCCUAAACAGGGCUGGGGAAUGGCAGUGUUGGCAGACAGGGAUUGAACUCCGUUAUGCUGAUACCCAGCUGCUCCUGCUACGAGAAAUGCUUCCAAUGCUUGGCUAUCACCCCUGUUCCUACCGAGAUUUCAGGAUGUUGGUUGGGUUAACCUUUGAGGAGUCUGCAUGGACUCCACUUGACUUGGCUGAGACAGCCAUCCUCGAGGUCUUCCUCCCAUCACAGUCUGUGGUGCUGCGGAGAAAUCAACCUGCCUCUGAUCGGAUUGGAUCAGCUGUCCUGGACCCCAAUCCUGCCUGCGUGACCAAGCUCCUUGCAGCAGUUGUGGAUCACAUUGACACCCUCCUUGAGGACUGGUACCCCACACUUGGGACUCGGUUUAUGCAUACAUCAGAAGGGAAACUCCUAGUGACUCGGGUCAUCCCAUGUCCCCAGUGCCUGGAUACCUGCAUUGAGGAUCAUGCAAGGCUUGACCCCCUUGGGAAUGACCUUGCAUCUAAGCUUCUACACCAGGGGGGUAGAGGCGCCUCUCGGAGAAGUCAGAGUGUUUCUCCUUCUCGUCUUCUGCAACGAAUUUCUUGGGACAGCUAUGCCUCUGAUCGGGACUCUGGAAUGGGUGACAGUCAGAAAGCAUCAGAAGAAGGAGCUUGGAACCGGUGUCGAUCUCCACGUGACCGCUCAUCUGCAUCUCAAGAUAUCCAACCAUCUCCUGUUUACUGCUUCACUGUGGAGUCCUGCAUCCUCAGCACUUUUUCAACUUCCUCUUCAGUCAUCUGCCCAGUGCACAAGAACCUAUCCUUACGUCACCUGGCCCCUGACUUGGUGUUCCUUGAUCUUGGGGACCAGUAUCUCAUUCAUCCAGAAGCAAUGAAGAGGGGGCGGCUCCUUGGACGGGGAGCAUUCGGCUUUGUCUUCCAGGGAACAUGUCUUUCCAAGCGGGUCUCUGGGAAUACCCCUCUGGAUGUUGCCUUGAAGAUGCUCCAGCCAGUCUCACCAGGAUCUGUGGCACCACCAGCUGACCUCCUUGCCUACAAGGCAGCAGAAAGCAAAUGGGAUCGUGAACCUCUCCAAUAUGCAUGCAAGGCAUAUACAACUGCCAGACAGGAGUUGCAGAUUCUGUCCUCCCUCCGACACCCCCACAUAGUUUCCUUAGUGGGGAUGACUGCAAAACCUUUAGCUCUGGUCCUCGAACUGGCCCCACUGGGUGCCCUGGAUGCACGACUCAAAGACUACCGUCGAUCUGGUGCCAAAGUGCACCCCAUUGUUGUCCAGAUUCUCAUCAUCCAGAUUGGUCGUGCCCUGGAGUAUCUGCAUCAGCAGCACAUCAUCUACCGGGAUUUGAAGUCAGAGAAUGUGCUUGUCUGGGCCCUCCCAGUUCCAACUGAGGAAGUGGAGCCUGGUCGAUGGAUGGCCCGGAUCCAUGCAAAGCUUGGUGAUUAUGGGAUCAGUCGGAGCACUCUCCCCACAGGCUCAAAAGGGUUUGGAGGCACUGAAGGGUUCAUGGCUCCUGAAAUCCUUCGCUUCAAUGGAGAGGAAGAAUACAAUGAAAAGGUGGACUGUUUCUCAUUUGGGAUGUGGAUGUAUGAGCUGGUGAGCCUGAGACAACCAUUUGAAGGCUUUGAAUCAGUGAAAGAGACCAUGCUGGAAGGUGGGAGACCCCCCCUCACUCUCAGGAGAAAUCAAUGUGAUUCAGGAAGCGAAGGAGUUGGGCAUCCGUGCAAUAGGUCGUAUGACAUUGAGGAAAGCUGUAUACGGAAGCGGAUGGAGGUGAAGGCGAAAUUGAGCCGGGCUCUAAAGAAUCUCACGGUCUUUCGUGGGGAAAAAGGGAUCAUUUCCGGUAAUCAAGAAGGAAGUGGCCGAAUACGAUGCCCCAGCUCAAGACCCUCAGCUGCACACAUCGUCUCUGUUGCCUCCGCUCCUGAGUUCCUUCGUCUUAUCGACGUUGUGUCCCUUGAGACUCAGAAGGCCAUCCUCUGUGCCACUGUCACUGAACCAGGUGGACACAAGACAGAAUUAUGGCUGAGCCGGUGUGGCUGUGCAUUAGACAUCUUGUCCUGUGAUGAAAGUGAGAACUGCUGGAAAUCCUAUCACGGACUUCCAGGGAUCCCAGAGACAGUGACAGCAAUGUCAGCCAUCUCGUCAGAUUCCAUCUGGACUGGAGACCUUCGUGGAACCCUCAGAUCCUAUUCGGUGCUUGACUUUUCCCUCCAAUUCCAGUAUACAUUGGAAUCAGAUGCCCCAGAGCCAUCACCUGUAAGGCACAUUGUGGCACUUCCUUCAAUGACUCGAGUGGCCAUUGCCCUAGCUAAUGGACGGCUGUUCAUCUGUGACCCAUCUGUGUGUCCUGCUGGGAAUGUGAGAGAGGAAGGCACCUUCCUCCUCACCGAGUUGGCAGGACCUUCUGCAUCCAUGUUUGCAGUUGCCACCCGUCUCUUGGAACCUGGGUCAUGUGAGCUGUGGUGUGGGCAGAGUGAGGGUCUUCUGAGUGUGUUCACACUGCGAGGAGGGAUGGUAACAGCUCAGGAUGUUGCAGUUCACUCUGAUCCCCUUAUUGACAAGUUAGAUGUCCUCCAGGUCACAACCUGGAAAGAAGCUGAUUAUGUCUGGACCUAUGUAUACCCUGGAUGUCUGGUCUAUCAGUGGAGCUGCAAUGAUCGCAGAAUUUGUGGAAAACUUGACUGCUCCAAACUUGUUCCUUGUUCAGAGUCCCUGGCUUCCAUUGCAAUUGAUGAGCAUCUCAGUCCAGGAAGGUGCCAGGUGACAAGUCUGUGCAUCAUGGAAAGGGAGUUAUAUGUUGGAACAACAUGGGGGUGUGUGAUUGUGGCUGAUGCAGGAUCCAUGACCCCGCUGACAGUGUUCCGUCCGUACGAAGAGGACGUGCGGGUCAUUGUCCCACUUGGUGGGUCCUCAUCCUGUCUCCUUGCCACAGUUGGGAAGGGAUACCGGAAUCUCAUCUCCCGCUAUGCAGGAGCCUCAUCCUUGGAUCCAUCCCUCAAUAGGGAUAUCUAUGCCAUCAUCUGGCAGACCAGUCACUGGCUUCAGGAAUUUUGAAGCAGCAUUGCUUCAUAUUUCCUCUUUCCAGCUCAAAGAAUUACCAUACCAAAGAUCAGCAGUGCAGAUCAUUAUUUUGAUAGUGGGU